AGAACUGAUAAUAGAUUUGGUAGCAGGAUCACGCACGUACGGUACGGUACCGUAUCAGAUGAAAUAAUUAUAAUAGGCGUCUAUGUUCAACAUUUUCAGUGCCUGCCUACCGUUCAGGUAUUCACUGAAUCACUGUCAUAAUACCAAUUUCUGGUUGGUGCGAACGCCGAAAAUCACUUUAGCUCAGUUCAAAUUUGCAGAGUUCAGCAGCGUUUCCCUUGAAUGGAAGAACUCCAUUAUCCAAGGCCAUGUGGAUGUACAGGAAUCCGCUCCUGCCUCGUCUGUGAGGCCAAAGAUAUCCAAGUGAAGCAUGUACCAACAGGCAGGGAACAUUUGCAGGAACUCUGGAGAUACUGUUACUUGUGUGGAAAAAUCCAACCUCCUCCACAUUCUGAGGUGAUGAGAGAUAAGAGUACGCAAUCAGAUAUAGGAUGCCCUGAUCACCAUGCUACACAGGGUUUUGUCUUGCCUGGGAUACAAGUAAUACCAGACUUUAUAACAGACCAAGAGGAAGUGGAGACGGUGCACAGGAUUGAAAGGAGUCCAUGGAAAGCAUCUCAGUCAGGAAGAUUAAAACAAGACUACGGCCCUAAACCAAACUUCAAGCGUAGAAAAGUCAAGCAAGGUGGCUUCACUGGUCUACCAACUUUCAGCAAACCGCUGGUGUCUCGCAUGAACCGUCUCCCAGAGCUUGGAGACUUUCUUCCCGUUGAGCAGUGCCACCUAGAGUACACGCCCGAUAGAGGGUCGGCCAUUGAUCUUCACUUUGACGAUUUCUGGCUCUGGGGGAACCGACUCGUCACCAUCAAUCUUCUCUCGGACACUUCCCUAUUGCUGAAAUACGAAACUGAUACUUCUUGUCAUGGAGCACCCGGUGAUUCUGGAACAAAUUGCCAUAAUCGGCAUGACAAACAUAAUGUUGGAAGUCAACAAGAGGAAUGGCUAGUGCACGAACUGUUGAUACCAAUGCCAAGGAAAAGCUUGAUAAUACUGAGUGACGACGCUAGAUAUAAGUGGAAACACGCAAUACCACGAGAAGCCAUUCUAGCUCGACGCAUCGCUGUGACCCUACGUGAGCUUGCGACAGAUUUCUUGCCUGGUGGGAGAGAUGAAGCACUUGGUCAAGAACUCUUGGACAUUGCGUUGACAUAUGAUGGAACAGUCGUACCUUGAUGACUGAUUUUGCUGCAAUAUUUGUCAUAUGAAUAGAUAUCGAUUUUCUCAAACCGUCCCAGGAGGACUUCGGUGGACAGAAACAUCCAAGUUUGAGAUAAAUGUAUUUCAGUUUAACUAUCGAUUGUGUCCAUGGAAAUUGUAAAGUACCCUGAAUUAAAAAAAAAAAAUAUGAUAGUGUGGUGAGACCAUUGAAUACUGAAGUUUUGUGAGAUUAUAAACAUUUGACAGUUGAAUUCAAAAUGUCAGAAAGGAAGUACCGGUAGUUUUUUUUAGUUUUUGAGUUUGGACCCUUUAUAAAAACAAUGAUAUACGAGGGGCGACUGAAAAGUUUUUAGCCCACCAUAGAAAGGAUUCAGAUAAAAAAGACCGAAUUUGGGCCAUAAAAAUCUUUCACAUUUCUUAAUACUACCCACCAAAUGUCUUGGUCAUAGUAAUGUCUAGUCUUAUUUUACAGGUUCCUAAAUUAUGGUAUCGGGUAUCUCAUAAAAAAUGGACAAACCCGAGUGUCAAGCUGUCAUCAAGUUUCUGCAGCUGAAAAGUAUGACCUAAGAUGAGACUUUUUGAUGGUAGCCCAUCCAUUUACUUGGAAUGGGUUGUGUCUAUGGAUGAGACUUGGGUUCAUCAUUAUCACCCUGAGAGCAAGGAGCAGUCAAAUCCCAGUAUUAGAAGCAUCCCAUGUCAUUAACCCAAAAGGAGGCCAACUCAGGAUUGUACAUUUUUGGUUAGAAACUAUGGCCCGUAUUCUGAAGUCGGGUUUAACUUAGACCAUGGUCUAACUCUGUGCUAAACUUAUGGAAAGCCAAAAAUGUCAACAUUUUCCUUGCAUUGUAUAUUUCUUAUGAUUACUGUGCUCUUUCCUAACUCAUGAAUGGUGAAUAAAGCUAAAUAUCAUUUAUCCUUCCAAAACAGUCAAGAAUGAUUUAAAGAGAAAAAUUAGCUGAUACAUUGAAAUUAUACUGUUAGAGAUUGAUGCCACUAUUGGCUAUUCAUAGUCAAACCACAACUUUAAGCCAGAGUUUAAAUUAAGUCUAAUUUCAGAAUACGGGCCAUUGAUACAGUAACUUGUAAAAUCAGAGUCAAUGUAGCAAUAACCAAGAAAUUUGGUGGGCAGGAUUAAGAAAUGUGUAAGAUUGUAUGGACCAAAUUUGGUCUUCAAUCUUGAUCCUUUUUUGUUUUUUUUUGUUAGGCUAAAAAAACUAUUCAGUCACCCCUAGUACAGGUCUGUCACAAACAAACUGACAGAAACUGUUUUGUUGUAGAUUAAACUUUUUGUAUGUUAAUUUGCCUAGAGAUGGCCAACAGCAAUGAAGGGGAGUAUGAAUAUUUGUUGUGCACUUUCUACUGACCUAUAAGGGUUUGUAUUAAAGCAGCUUAUCAUUUGAGGGGUUUUACAUACAUUUAAUACCACCCAUUUGAAUAAUCUAAUAUAAUGUUCAUUAAAAAGAAAUCCUUUAUUUUAAUAUUCAUGUAAACUUUAUAAUGUCAAAUUAUGUAACUCAAAUCUAAGUGGAUCUUCAUUUGUUCAAAUAAACAAAAGACAUGAGAAAUGAAAAUGAACAUAUACAUUAAACAGAAAUUAUUGAAAUGAUGCAGAAAUGGCAGUAAGUUGCAGAGUACCAUUUGUUCACAUCAAAUAGAUAUACAGCUGGGUUGAAUUAAAAAAAAAGAAGAACUUAUCUGAAUGUAUAAGGAUAGAAAACCUUUUUUUGUGUGUGUGUGUGUAGAAAUACACUGCAACAUUAUGGAGUCUUGUUAUGCUGCAUUUGAAUAAUUGCUUGAUAAGCAGAGCCUGUUAUGAUUUUUACAUGGUCUCUACUAUAGAAGGCCUAUUAGAAUAAUCAAUACAAAACUCAAACCUCAAUAUUGAAAUAAAUACAAACAGCAUCAUAAACUGCGACAAACACGUUUUACAAAAUAAGUUAAAUUUAUUCAUCAUUGCUUACUAAUAAAUAGAAGAAUACAGAAAUGGAAGUAUAUUGCAUAGUGUUCUUUGUUCACAUCAAUUGAUAAAAUUGUUGGUUGAUUUUUCAUGUAGAAGAUUUGUACAUGAAUAAUUGUAAGGAUAGACAACCUUUGUUAUUGUGCAGAAAAUAUUCAAAAUAGACCAUCACAAUAUUGUCAGAAAGUAAGCCUUCUUUGAGCUCUUUUUUCAAGUGUUGGUACUGUAUGUACAAUAUUCCUGUAUCAAGUGAAACACAACUCUCCUCUAACCAAACCCUUAUCAAAAUCCUUAUCCUCAUUUAUUUUUUAACACAAAAUCCCUUCUAUAUCCUUACCCUUGUCUUUAGAGAAAUCAAGGCAAAAAAAAAAGAAAGGUCGCAAUCGCAAAAUUCAGGUCACAAUUAUGAUUCCACUAAAUUUUAAUAAAUAUUUGCAGAGCUGCCAAUAACAAGAAAAUUUCAGUAUAUUUAAAGCUGAAAAUCAGUAUUUUGCUGAGAAAAUCUGUAUUUUCAAAGAAAUACCAUCAGAAAACACAUAAAACUGAAACUUUAGAAAUCAGUACUUUGCAUGAAACCAUUAGUAUUCUCAUUUUUCAGUACUAAAUACUGAAAAUCCGUAAUACUUGGCAGCUCCGCUUUUGGGUUUUAUUCUAAAUAAUAUUCUAAUUUGAUUCUACAUGAUCAUGUAACGCUCACACAUUGUAAACAUUGGAAUGUUCAUACGUUCGUUUUGCAUCUCCCCAGAAUUAUACAGACUGUUGGUUAUAAACAACUACUGGUAUGCUCAUAAUGUCAAUAGUAAUAUGUCAAUAGUAUCUCAGGUUAUGCACACUGUACUCCUACUAUAGAUCUACAGUAUCUAGGAGUACAAUAUUUUUCUAUAUGAAAUACCAGUAUACUGUUAAUUAAGAAAUUACAUGAAAAA